CACAAGCUCCAGCUGUUGCUGCGUUUCCCUGACUCCAUUAGAUGAGUCAGGAUCCAAUCCCAUCAGCACUUAAGAGCCUUCCAGACUUACAUCCCUUAUCCCAAAUCAUCAGCAACAAAGAGAUUCUGUCAUCACCCCCUCUGCAACAAGGAUGAGCCUGCAGUGAAGGUCUCCCCAUGAGUGCAGCCCUACAGGUGACAGCAUUCGGGCUUGCUCUUCUCUCAACACUCUUCCUACUCCUGGCCACAUGCACAGACUGCUGGAUGGUCAAUGCUGAUGACAGCUUGGAGGUAAGUCACAAAUGCCGGGGCCUUUGGAGGGAGUGUGUCACCAACAUGCAGGACGGGGUCAGGACCUGUGACCAAUAUGACUCAAUUCUGGCUGACCACCCAGUGAAGAUUGUGGUGACACGGACCCUGAUGAUCACAGCAGAUCUCCUGGCUGGCCUGGCUUUGGCCACACUGGUCCUUGGGCUUGACUGCAUCACCUUCCUCAAGGAAGAUCCUUAUGUCAAACUGAAGAUGUGCUAUGGAGCUGGAGUCAUACUCUGCGCUGGCAGCAUCCUGGGUCUCAUAGGCUCUGUGUGGUAUGCAGUGGAUGUCUACGUGGAGAGGGCCAUGCUGGUGUCACACAAUAUAUUCCUGGGAGUCCACUAUGACUUUGGGUGGUCAUGCUGGCUGGGGAUGGCUGGCUCCAUGGGCUGCUUUGUGGCAUCUGUUCUGCUGACCUGCUGCCUCUAUGCCUGCACAGCCCCCAGCAGCCGCUGUCAACCCCAGAAGCAUCCCCAGCCCCGGGGCCGAACAGCCACCCGGACAGCCACCAGCAAGAUGUACGCCAUGGAUUCCCGUGUGUGAUGGCCGCACCACCUCCUGCACCCGCCCUGAUACGGGACCUUCUCCCUGCCAGUCCGACCCCAUUAAAGCACUAGCACCUGUA